UUCUCUCACACACGGCGCACACUCGGAACAUCAACGGCAGCGGCGGGACGACGGUGACCACCACUGGACCUGUUGCAGCUCUUGCGCGGCGGCUCCUGAGAACAUCAAAAGGGCAUAAAAUACAAACAAGUCUUGUUGACAAGCAGGCUCUCGUUCAAGCCUCGGUCUGCAUUGAGUUUAUCUGCAGCUCGGGUGCUUUGUCCCCGCCCCCUUCCCAUUACACCUUUCUUCCUUGGCGCGGCUCGACUCCAGGGCUGCAAUCCCCUCAAGAACCAGCAGCAUGACGGCUCCCGUGGUUCAGAAUCAAGCCAUGUACCAGAAUGUCACGGAUGAGGAAGCCAUGACGACUGUCUCUGACAAACCCCCAUACAUGCACGGCAAGAUUAGCCGCGAAGAGGUCGAUGCUCUUGUGCGCAGCAAUGGUUUCUCUGAGGGACUGUUCCUGGUGCGCGAGAGCGCACGCACACCAGGAGACUAUGCCCUUUCAGUCGUGGCUCAAGGCAAACUUCAGCACUUUAAAAUCUCGCGCAAGACAGGCCUGUACCGCAUUGAUGACGGCCCUGGAUUUGGCUCAUUGGAUGAGCUGGUUCAAUUUUACCGCAACCCAGAUGACCGCCUGCCCACCGUCCUUGUUCGCUUCUGUGCCAGCACGGUCUCAGCCAGCGAGUUGCAACAAUAUCAAAACCAUUGGAACGCCUCUCUGCCCACGGCCGGUGGCAUCACCGCAGGCAUGGCCCGCAUGAGCACAACUGCACCUGCUGCCAGUAGCCCCGCUUCUGUGAUUCCGGUGGGUGUGGAAGGCCCCUAUGCUGCCAGUCCACUGAUGAAUCCAGAUGGCCGGAUGGUCAACCCGCCUGCACCUAGCGCUGCACCAUCAGCAGCUGUCCAGCAAGGCAUCAACGUGCAGGAGCGUGAGGGCUUUCGCAACAUUCCUCGCGUCAAGGAGUGGUUUGAUCGUGACGAUCAGAUUCAGCAAGUUGACAUCAAAAUCAAAGAGGAAGAGACCAAGAAGCCUGCCGACUUGCAAAACGCCGCCGCUGAUCGCGCUGAUGAGCACAUGAAAAUGCUUUCUGAAGCUGCACUUGCCGAGGAGAAGAUGUAUCUCGUAUGGAUCAACGACCACUUGGAGCAGGUGGGCAUGUCCCCCGUGUCUGAUCUUACCGACUCUCUGAAGAACGGUGUGGCAGUGAUCAAAGCACUCGAGUCAGUGAGUAAGGAGACCGGCAUCAAACCACCUCACUUCCACAAGAAUCCUCGAGCCUUUCCACAAGAGAUUGACAACUGGAACAUUGUCAUCAAGUAUAUGCGGAAACUUGGCAUUCCCGUGGACGAGGAGGGCACGGGCGAGGAAUACGUCGCCCCGCUCGACCCAGCUGCAUUGCACAAUGCCGACCGCCGCGAGAUGUUGAAGCUCUUCUCAAAGCUGCUCAUGUAUGAGGCCAGCCUGAGUCCUUUUUAAAGCAAUCCUUUUUUCCCCAACGCUAUUUGGGCGGCCUUGGCGUCGAUGCUUCCGCUGGUCGCGUCUGAUAUUGUUCAUGUGGUGUGUUCUUGGGCAAGUUUGUGUAUGUGGGUGCAGAUGUUGCGCCGUGUGUGUCAUGGAUAUCCCGUGGGAUAUGCAUCUUUGACUCUGGUUUCAAUGAAGUAUUACUAUGAUUUGUCGCGUUCACAAGCAAAUAAGAAACCGAAACC